UUGGAAGGAGUCAAAAUGAGCUCUGAUAACAUCAAACUUGCUCCUUCCACCCCGUUGUUGGACGAGCAGAAACUGGUAGCUCGGCAGCAGCAUGAGCCAAAGUCACGGCGCAGAUCGCAGAAAUUCCAACAGAUUCAGGACAGCUCAAUGAGUGCAAAACAAUUUCAUGAAGAGAAUCCAAAACUAUUGGAGGACUUGGAUAAGGAGACGAGCAAGUCCCGUCCAAGUACGAGUGUGCUUCAGUCAGCAGAGCAACAAAAAACUACGGUCAUAAUAAAACGUGAAUGUUCAGUUCCACCGAUGAUUCCAGAACAUUCUUUGAGGAAGGACAAACAGCCGCUCAUUGAAGACUCAUUUCCGCCUACUUUUUCUCAAUUGAACUUAGCAUCUCCGCCUCCAAAUGCAUUCGAGAUGAACCUACUAUCUCCGCCGAUUAUUUCUCAGGUGAAUUUGAUGUGGAUGUUACAGCAGCAAAUGCAACUUGUGCGGACAGCUCAUGAGAAACGUUCAGAAAUUGUGGCUGAUGGAAGAUCAGUAUAUAAGCCAGGAAUGUGUGUUCAACGUUUGAAACAAUACAUGUACCUUCAGAAGCAAAGACCAAGAGACAAUGAUAUCGGGUUUUGGAGGAAUUUAGUUGCAGAAUUCUUUGCUCCCAAUGCCAAGAUAAGAACAUGCUUUUCAUUGAAUAAAAAUAGGCAACGGAUAAGUUGUCUUUUCCCUCAGGAGGCAUGGUACUGUGAGAUCUGCGAAGUGAGGCCUACUGCUGGUUUUGAGCUCAGCGCAGAAGUUCUACCUAGGGUAUGCAAAAUUAAGUAUGAUACCGGUAUGCUGGACGAGCUUCUUUAUGUGGAUAUACCUGAAGAGUAUUACACACCAUCUGGUCACAUUGUUUUGAACUACACAAAAGUAACAGAAGAAAGUGUAUAUGAGGCAGCACGAGUGGUCCGUGAAGGCCGGCUCAAGAUUGUGCUUUCUUCAGAUCUAAAGAUUUGUAUCUGGGAAUUCUGCUGUUCUUCUCACGAGGUGCUUAUCGAUCGAAGAUCAGUAAAUCCCCAGGUUCAUCAACUCAGGGAAGCAAUCCAGAAAUACCAAGCUUUUGUUAAGAGUUGCUCGGGGAUUGCUUCAGAAGAAUUUAAAAGAAACUCCAACAAGUUUACUUCAUCAAUAAGACAAUUAGCAAGAGUUUUGGACAAGUCUUUGAUCAAUGAUCUUGGUUAUACCAAGCGCUAUGUCCGAUGCCUCCAGACAGCAGAAAUGGUCAACGGCAUGAAAGAUCUAAUGGACUACAGCAAGAAAUACGGGAUCGGACCUGCAGAAGCCAUGGCCAGGUUGUAUCGUCAAUCUCUUGCAUCAAGUGUGACACAUAAUAAUUCAGGUGUAAAAGAAGAACCUCAACAACAUGCAGAGCAAGUGCAGUCAUACUUGUAUGACGACGCAAAAGAUGAGGAUUCUUCUGUAAUAAGUUAUACUCCUUUGUCAUCUAAUGAAGAAACAGAAAGUUCGAGUUUAUCCCAUCAUGCUGCAUCACCAACUGCCUCUACUGCUUCGUCCAAAAGGCUGGUUCACUUAGUAGACAUUGUCGAAUCUAAAAGAAAGAAACAAAUGACAAACUCAGGGGAGACUUCUCUUCUGCUUGCUUCGACCGAGCCUGUGAUGAAUCAGCCAAUCUCCACAACUCCUCCUUUUUCUUCCAUUAGGUCAUUUCUAGUUCAACCAUCUUCUGCUGAGAGAGUCGUCAACUCUAAUGCUACGUCAGUUGAACCUAUUGAAUAUCUGAGCUCCAAGGUAAAGGUUAAAGAAGAUGUUGUCACUUCUCAAAACAUAGCUGCUGCUGAAGAUGCGAUUGAUGCUAAUGUUCAGAAACAGAAGGAGAAGAAAAAUGACGAUAGUGGUAACUACUGCUAUGGCUUUGGAACUGAUGACAAAAGCGGUUACAUGGAACAGUUAGAAUCAGACAACUUGAAUGGGGUAAGUCUUUUCUCUGGCAUUCACAUUGGAUCUCCCUUGAAUGGCACGUUAAUGGUGAAUGAUACUGAUCAUAGCAACAACCAGCAAUUCAAUGACAAAUUGCUUUACUGGAAUGGAGAAAUGGACCCUAUCGAUGAUAUUCAGUUCGACUGAAAUAUUCUUUCAAGAUAACAUGAUUUCAUGGUGUUUUUCUGAUCAGUAGCAGUUGCAUGUUUAGAUACUUUAAUCAAGCAAGUUUCCUUUUUUCCUAUAAAUUUUACUGGUUUUGUAUUAAAAGGAGAUCUUUCUUCUUCCCUUGUUUUUAUACUAUAACUGCUUGUGCUUGAAAC